AUGGGCUGUCAGCUAGCUGAGCUUGAUGUAAGCAAGGGUGGGCAAGUAACUGUGGUUCAUUGCUAUCGUCCUCCUCGCGUGACUAGCCCACGUGAUAUCAGCCUCAGUGCCGUACAGUAUUCACUGCCUGAUCAAGUCCACAGAAACCAAGCUAAUAGUAACUCUAGGCUCAUCGAACUAUAUAGUGCGCUAGGAUACAAUUUGCCAGACCUACCGUCAUCAACACACAACUCCUUCGUCGCAGUUGUCAAUUGGAGCGGGGUCGGUCACGAAGAGAACGAGAAUCAGAGUAUGAUUGUGUGUGUGGAGAAGUCACUCUUCUCGUUUACCUGUACAAUUGAAACUAUCCCCAAGUUCAUGCUAGAGCAAGCAGUUUCUCCCCAAACGAGGUGGAAAGAGUAUAGUGUAGGGUACCAGAUCGACCCACAAAACGCUCAAUUUGGUCCCCAUCUCAAGGUUCUAUUCUUGGAUUCCGGUAGACUGUGGCAAGUUCUGGGGCAUCUGAUACUACUUGCAGCUAUUGGGGUGGAGAAAUCUAACAAUAUGGAGAUUUACAUCUGUGGCUCGACGCCCGCUGAAUACAUAUACGGCCAACAAAGAUCGUAUUGGAUCGAACAGGCUCUUUGGUUGUUCUGCUAUAUAUUUCCUGGUAACCCAAUAACUCUCUAUGUCUCGCAUGAGCUGAGUAGGGAUCAAAACAAGUACAUGGGUAUAGUAUCGCGUGAGACACGUGCGACACUAUGUACUCAUAAGCAAAGACCAGUCUCAGAAAAGGAAAAGCUAUUGGCAGUGUUAGAGGACUUCCUCCAACGCUAUGGUGAGACUGGUUUGGAGAUUCCAUCCAACGACGAAGUCAUCGAAACUUCACUCAAGUUUGGGCCCUUGGUUCGGCGACGCCUAAUUAUCUCACUGGUCGACCAAUUGCUGGAGAAGACGGCUAGCGCAUAUUUAUCCUGUAUUGUGGGAAGCCAAGCCCAGGGUUAG